UGUACUAACUCAACACCGUCGUAUACAUCGUGGUCAGACUACAGUCACUGGACUUCGUGUUCAGAAAGAUUAUGAGGAUAAACUUACAAUGUUUUGAUAGAAACCACCAAUUUGAAAAUUAAAAAAAUGGGAAGAAAGGAUAAAGGAGAUCGGGACAAGAAGUCCAAAAAGCGUCUCUAUGAGGAGGAAGACGAUGAAGAAGAGGCAGGGGGCAGUGAGUCUCAGGAGGCCAUUCCUGCUGCUGCAGGGAAACAAGUGGAUGUGUCCAGUACAAAACUUGAUGAAUAUGGAGCCAAAGAUUACCGUGUUCAGAUGAUGCUGAAGAAUGAUAACACUUCGCGCCCCCUCUGGGUGGCUCCAGAUGGACACAUCUUUCUUGAAGCCUUCUCACCAGUGUACAAGUACGCACAGGAUUUCAUGGUGGCAAUUGCAGAGCCAGUCUGCAGGCCUAAUCAUAUCCAUGAGUACAAGCUGACGGCCUAUUCCCUGUAUGCAGCGGUCAGUGUGGGGCUGCAGACCUCUGAUAUUGUGGAGUACAUGCAGAAACUCAGCAAGACCUCUGUACCUGAUGGCAUCAUUCAGUUCAUUAAGCUCUGCACUGUGAGCUAUGGAAAAGUGAAGCUGGUACUCAAGCACAACAGGUAUUUUGUUGAGAGUGCCUUCCCUGAUGUGAUCCAGCGCCUUCUGCAGGACACUGUGAUCCGUGAAUGUCGUCUCCGCACUGCAGACGGAGCGGACACCGAGCUUAUAACUGAAGUUAUUCGCAGCAAGUCAGCAAUUUCCAAGUCUAUUGAGGAAAAGGGGGAUCCGUCGACCUCACAGCAACCCAGCGACGGACAAACUUCAACCCAGCAGGUACCUGAAGACAUCUUUAGCUACUAUGAGCAAAUGGAUAAAGAAGAAGAAGAGGAGGAAGAGACUCAGACUGUGUCUUUUGAGCUUCGCCAGGAGAUGAUUGAAGAGCUGCAGAAGCGUUGCAUUCAGCUAGAGUACCCCCUCCUAGCAGAGUACGACUUUCGCAAUGAUACAUUCAACCCCGACAUCAAUAUAGACCUGAAGCCCACCGCUGUGUUGAGGCCCUACCAGGAGAAGAGUCUGCGCAAGAUGUUUGGGAAUGGACGGGCUCGCUCUGGGGUCAUCGUGCUGCCCUGCGGUGCGGGUAAAUCUCUGGUGGGCGUGACCGCAGCGUGCACGGUGCGUAAACGCUGCCUGGUGUUGGGGAACUCCUCCGUGUCAGUGGAACAGUGGAAAGCUCAGUUCAAGAUGUGGUCCACCAUCGAUGACUCUCAGAUCUGCCGCUUCACUUCUGACGCCAAGGACAAACCCAUUGGCUGCUCAGUGGCCAUCAGCACCUACUCCAUGCUGGGUCACACCACCAAGCGCUCCUGGGAGGCGGAGAGGGUCAUGGAGUGGAUGCGGAGCCAGGAGUGGGGACUCAUUAUUCUCGAUGAGGUGCACACCAUCCCUGGUAAGCUGUAACUUUGUUAAAGUUCUCCAGACAACUUGAUAUUUGCUUUUAUUGUAAGAAUAUAUUGAAGUUAUGUUUUCAGAAUCAGGAUACCUUUAUUAGUCCCACAGAGGGGACAUUUACAUU